CCCGGGGCCCUCGCUGUCCCUUGCGAUGUUUUCCUUUCCCGCCACUCCCCCACAGCGCACCUCGCGCCUCGCGCUCGACUCGCCCUUUUUCCCGGGUCCUUCCCUCGCCCCAUACGAUUCGCCCACUCCCCGCCGCGACUGCCCCUACCCCGAUCUUACUGCCCGCCCAUCCUUCCGCACUCUCACCGCUGCGGACACCCUACUCCACCUCGCUACCUCCCCGUCUCUGUCCUCGCGGCUUGGCCUCUAUCCUUCCGCUAGCACCGGCUCCAAUGCGCAUUCUCAGAGCACCCAGAGCACCUUUCCGUCAUCCCCUGGCCCGUGUACGCCAAGCCGUAGUAUCCUCCCGCUCGACCGUACCAAGCUCGAUGUGCUGUUCCAUCCCUUCAGCUCGCCGCAUGCACUCUGGGACUCGCCCCGUUGUCUUGGGACUUCUGACCACCCUACGUUCGACGCCGUCUCGUGCUCACCGGUCCUGCACGAGAGCGAGCGUAAGGAACAGGAACGUCGUCGCGCGCUCGAGCAGGAUGCUGAAGCGCACCUACUCCAGCCUCCGAGUAAGCGGCGAAAGACUGAUAAUACUGCAGAGAAGCCUGUGAAUAAAGCAGGCCGCGGCAGCCGCAUCCGCGGUUACCGUCGCUUACUGACCGCCGCCAUAUCUCAUGCCGACUUCAAGCUCUCGACUCAUUACGCGCAUACUGACCUUGAUAAUGAUAAUACUGACAGUCCUCACGACUACAUUACUGACCGGCACUCCAGUGUUGACGCUGAAGGACCGAUAAUUGCGUCAUCGUCAUCACCAGCCAUCUCACUCGAGCUGUUGUAUCCAAGCUCCCCACCACACCGCUACGCUUCAUCAAAUACAUCCCUUUCGCCCCUUUCAGAGCUCUCCGAUCCUACGAGUGCUACUGUUUCCCCAUCACUCGGUCGUAGCCCCGCUAUUCCGUCCUAUGCCGUGCAUGAAAACUCAGCGUCGCGCACCUGGCCAGGCAGAGGCACGGCCAUGAGUAUUGGCACUGCUGCUGUUACGGGCACCGGCAGAAUCACCCGUCCAAGGACCAACGCAAACAGCGCUUCAGUAGCCAAGCGCACGGGGAGCAUGAACGACAGCCAGCAGCUGCGCCAUCCGCCAUUCUGCCCCUUAUCUAUCCACGGGGCCAAACUUGGCGGUCGAGAUGUCUCUCCUAAGCGACGCGAGCCAGAGCGGAAAAUGAGCACCGCGCGCCGUCUGCGGCAAGACGCAAGGCUCGGUCCUCGUAAUGUGCACGUACAAAGCCAGGACGUAUUCAAGCCGGAAGACUGGGUGCGUAGUCCUCCACGAACGCGUGCACACACACGAGCCGUGAGGGGUCUUUCCGCGGCGACUAAGCCUGCUGUCUCUGAUGCUGCCUCAGUGGGGAGUUUUACACCUGGUUCUCACGAGAGACGGAGCCGUGUAAACGCUUCCUGUGAUGACGACAGCUGGUACGACGAUGAUGACUGCGACAAAUUCCUUGAAGCGUCAGCAACGAGGACGCGUACAUACUCUAAACCUAACCGAAUCACGUGCCACACCGAGCAACGCCCCAAUCGAUCAAACGAAACGCGCUCAGCAGACUUGUCGCGACGAGAUAAAGAUGAUGAGAUUAGCGGAGACGUCGAGCAAGGAUCCACGGCGGAAGAAGAGCCUACAAUGCAGCUCGAACAGCGCACUCUCCCUUCACACAUUCCGCGCCACGCCGGCUUUCCGCUCUUCUAUCGCCGUUUCGCCGUUCCUGCUUAUGGUCUUAGUGUCCCUUUCCCGAUAGGCAUCUCAUGCGACUGGGGCACGACUCCGGAUCUCACGCACCUGGCACAGAACGCAAGCCAUGCGGAAAGCGUGGGCUUUGCGCCACGAGCGGAGAUGACUCACGUGCUCGGUAGUGCCAUGCCCAAUGCGUCGCGUAGUGCGCUCGACUUGUAUACACCGCGGUGGGUGCGCGGAAGGGGUGGUACCAAGGUCGGCCUCUGCCCUGUGUGCAUCGAACCUCCCACUCGCGGCGGCGUGGGUCAUAAAAUGUGGCUCAGCAUGAAGUUUAGUGCUUAUAAGUGGUGAGUGCGCUCGCUCUCGGGAGACGUGGUGUGGGAGGUGUCGAGCGGUGCUUAGCCGGAAUUUCGAGACGACUGCCCGCGACUCUCCUUUUCCAUGCUACUCCAGGUUGA